AUGGUCCAAGGUCCACGGUCCAACGGUGAAAUCAUGGCUUGGAUGGUCGACAUGUUGCUCUUGGCCUUCAAAACGAAGUUGCGGCUUCCCAGCAAAGCCACCGAAGGAUGGCUGGACAAGGAUCGGAAGACCGGAAUGCCCGGCUAUUGGCAAGUUUGCGCGGUGAUUCUCCAAGUAUUUGAGUAUGCAGAGAAGUUGCUUUCCAAACUCCCCGAGCCAGAGCUUCAGAAGGCAAAAGCUGUGCUGGAAGAUUUGCUAUCACCGCUACGUUGUUGGGAGAAAUUCCUGCAGCCAGAUGAGAAAGCCUUGGCUGAUACUGGGUUCUUGCAUGAAGACGAUCUGGAAGAGGAAGGUGCCUGUGCCGUAGUGGUUCCAUCAGGGCCUUUGGCUGCCAUCAAGGAGAUCUUCAACAAGGCCACCGGAGGAUUGAUCAAAGCAUUGCAAGAUACAGAGCAAGAUCUUGAGUUUCUGAAGCAGCUGCGCCUAGUUACGGAGCUUGUUGGUGGUAGCCAAUCCAAGUCUGUGACGGCAAGCACUGCGGCUCCGACCCCAAGCUUGCUGACGCAGUUGACUUCCACAGGCCAGGUCAAUGCAGAGGCAGAUGCAGAACGGGAAAGGCAUUGGAAAAUUGUACAGUCAGAGAGGCGAAAAUUUGUGAGUUUUGGCUUGCCUAAGAGUUGGACAAAAGAAUCUCUUCUGUCGUCUUUCCGCGCUUGCGGAAAAGUAUUCUCGUUUGCUGGCCAACUCAACACCAGUCACAGACUUCUGUGCGCAUCGGCCGACCUCAUGACCGAGCAAGGUGAUGAACCUUGGGUGGCGCCCUCCGUCCCUCCAGCACCGCUGUGGAAAGAAGUCCUUGCCUUCAUGACCAGCAGCGCUACUGGAGCAGCUGAUUUUGUGAUGGCCUUUGAUGGCCGCAUGCGUGAGGAAGAUGAUGUGCUCAGCCAGGCCCAUGCCUGCGAGGCGACCAUUGUCUACACAGGAGGAUGCCCGCCCAGGGCCGGAAGGAGCCGCAGGGUGCCUCUGUCUGGCCGCAAGGUGGAAACUGUGGCCAUCAGAUGCCCUGUGCAGAGAACGCGUAUCAAAGCAACGAAAAAAGAGACAUUCACAGCUUGCGGGGAAGAGAGCACAUACCAAGGCACCUACACAGGCGUGGCAUUCAGGGCCUCCCUGGAGAUUCCAUUGAUUUCUUUGGGGGAGAAGUCGAAGGUCAUGGACCCCAACAGUGUGUUGUCUCUUCCCAGGGCUCCAGAGGAUUGGGUUGAGCGCAAUGGAGAAGAUUGCCCUUUGUUUUGGGGUGAGUCGAAGCCGAUCGCCUUAUGGUGCGCGAUCUUAGAUGAGUGGAAAGUGCAAGCCGUUCUUGAUUGCAGCCCUGGAAGCGGUGCUCUCAUGGAAGCAGCUCUCACACGUCACAACAAAGAACAUCUCCAGUGGCUUCAGACCAUUGCUGACCGCGCUGCCUGCGGGCUCAUUGCCUUGGAAGGUAGUUCGCUGUUUUCAGAGGAGAAUGCUACAGCAGUGAAGAAAUUUUUUCCAGACGUCCUGGCUGGCCUCGCAAAGGCGAAGGAGGAAGAGGACAUUGAUCUCUUAGAGCCAGAAAGCCCCAAUGAGCCUGCUGGCAAGACCCGGCAUUCACCCACCAUGCGCGCCUUGGCAAUCAAGCAGCACCUGGUGCCAAAGGCAAGAAAAGCAUUUGCCUUGUUCCUCAUUGAGAAUACACGGGUCAAAAAGGGUGCUUUGAAAAAGGAACACAUUGAAGACAUGAAAAGGGUGGCCAAGCUAUGGAAAAGGCUCCCUGAAGCCACAAAGGCUACUUACAAUGAGAAGAGCGCCCAGGAAUUCCAAGCACAGAGGGCUGCGCUGAUGCGUCUAGGUCUUGAUCCUAGGCCACAGGCAGGCAAAGCUACCUGCAGUCCUCCUGGUCUGCCUUUGCAGACCCUUGAGGAAGAAGUCAAGAAUGUCAAGAAGUUUACUGUUGGGCCAUACACAGUGACAGACAAGGAGGGUAUUCCUUUGUUGGGCAGCGGAUCCUAUGGCAAAGUGUUUUCAGCUUGCACCAGCCUGGGCCGGUCGUGCGCCAUCAAGGUGUAUCGAAGCCGGGGUGCGAAGAGUGAGGCCGCCUACGAAGCCACCAUCUACAUGAAUUUAGACAAGCUGCAGCCAUCCCAUCGCAACUGGUUUCCUCAAAUGUUGGAGUUUGACGCAGAUGGGCAGCCAUGGCCUUGGCUGUCACUGGCCUGUGCAGGGGUGAGUCUAGCAAGCUGGUUGGGUGCCAAUGGCGCGAUGACCUCGGAACUGAUUCAACCCGCGGUGCUGCAGCUGCAGGCGGCAAUCCAGACUUUGCAUUGCCAGGCGCGACUCUUGCACCUGGACAUCAAGCCUGCCAACAUCCUUUGGUGCUCUGAGCUAAAGGAGCUCAAGCUGUGCGACUUUGGCAUGUCAGAGCCUGUGAGAGCAUCCAUUGCCCAAGGUCCAAAGCCCACGGUCCAAGGUCCAGGGUCCACCAUCCAACCUGCAAAAGCUAAACGCCAGCUCCAGCAGUUGGUUGAUCCUUUACAGGCUUUGCCAAAAGCAACGGCCCAAGCUCAUGCUCAAGCUCCGCCACGAUUUUGCGAAUAUGUCACAGCUCAGUAUCGACCACCAGAGCUUUGGCAUGUGGGUGCUGAUUCGCAUGCCUUGGAAGCAGCUUUGACCAAGGCAGUUGAUGUAUGGAGUUUUGGCUGUGUUAUCUUUGAGAUCAGUACGGGAAAAGUUCUCAUGCAUGCAAAGGGCAAGAAGAUGGAUGAAGCUGCCUCAAAGCGUAGCAAGUGA